AUGGCGUCGCGCAGCCUGAGGGCGGAAGGGCAGGGGCAGGGGCAGGGGCAGGGGGCCCCCCCGCGGCGGGUCUAUCUGCCGGGCCGGGGCCCCCCGCCGGGGCCGGGCGAGGAGCUGGUGAUGGACGAGGAGGCCUAUGUGCUGUACCACCGGGCGGGCACCGGCGCCCCUUGUCUGAGUUUCGACGUGGUGCCCGACCCGCCGGGCCAGGAGCUCGGCCGCUUCCCGCUCAGCCUGCGGCUCUGCGCCGGCACCCAGGCUGAGAGUGCCCAGGCCAACAGGCUGCUGGUGAUGAAGAUGCACAAUCUGCACCGCACGGGAGCGGGGGCCGUGGGCGCUGAGGAUAGUGACAGCGACGAGGACGACGAGGAGGAGGAGAAGAAGCCCCAGCUGGAGCUCGCCAUGAUCCCCCACUACGGGGGCAUCAACCGUGUCCGGGUCACCCAGCUGGGCGGGACGCAGGUGGCUGCCGUCUGGUCAGAGAAAGGGCAGGUGGAGAUCUACGACCUGCAGCGCCCCCUGGUGGCCAUCUCGGACCCUCAGGCCAUGGCCACCUUCCUGCGGGAGGAGCAGGCCAAAAUCAAACCCCUCUUCUCCUUUGCCGGACACAUGACUGAGGGCUUUGCCAUGGACUGGUCCCCCAUGGUGCCCGGCCGUCUCGUGACUGGUGACUCAAACAAGAACAUUCACCUGUGGAGCCCCAAGGCGGACGGGACAUGGCACGUGGACCAGCGCCCCUUCACCGCCCACACCGCCUCCGUGGAGGACCUGCAGUGGUCACCGACAGAAGCUACAGUGUUCGCCUCAUGCUCAGCGGACGGGUCCAUCCGGGUGUGGGACGUGCGGGCGGCGCCGGGCCGGGCCUGCAUGCUGACGGCCAGCCAGGCCCACGCCAGCGACGUCAACGUCAUCAGCUGGAACCGCCACGAGCCCUUCCUCCUCAGCGGGGGGGACGACGGGGCCCUGCGCGUCUGGGACCUGCGCCUCUUCCAGACAGGCACCAGCGUGGCGACCUUCAAGCAGCACACGGCGCCCGUCACCUCGGUGGAGUGGCACCCCACGGACGGGGGGGUGUUCGCAGCCGCUGGUGCGGACGACCAGGUGACCCAGUGGGACCUGGCAGUGGAGCGGGACCAGGAGGGAGAGGGGGAGAGUGAGGAUGACCCGGCCCUGGCCUCCAUCCCCCCCCAGCUGCUCUUCGUGCACCAGGGAGAGACCGACAUCAAGGAGCUGCACUGGCACCCGCAGUGCCCGGGGGUCCUGAUCACCACCGCCCUGUCCGGCUUCACCGUCUUCCGCACCAUCAGUGUCUGACGGGGCAGAGCCUGGUGGGGGGCGAUGAGUCUGGCUUGGGGGGAGCCUCCCCUUUGCAGAUGGACCAUUCCAGCUGUCUGCUGCUUCCAUUGCACAGAAAGGGGAGAAAGCUGGGGGGGGGGGGGGGGGAGUUGGUCUGCUCCAUGUAGUGGCUGCUACCAUUGCACAGGCAAGAAGGGGAUCCCAAGAUGAGCCUCAACACAAACUUUCCCCCUCCUUGCUCCAUGCAGGUGGACUGUUCCAGUUAGUGGCUACUACCAUUGCAUGAAAUGGGGUGGGGAGACAAUGCUUCCACAUCUGGUGUUAUCCACCCUCUCCUUACACAUGGACUAUUCCAACUGCUACCAUUGGUCAGAAUUUGGGGGUUGGUGUCUGGACCUGGACCCUUUCAUUCUGCAUUGGGGGGGGGGGUCAUGCCUCCAGACAAUGCACUGUUCUGCAGCUUGUUUUGGGGAGCUACCAUCUAAUGUGGAUAUGGGGGGGGGGCUGAUUUCAAGCUAAUUUCCCCCUCAAUUGUACAUGGUUUGGUCUGAAUUUGGUUCCUACUACUUGGGAUGGGGGGGAUUACCACCCCCAUUCUAUUGUGAGAGGUGGAUUCUUCCGGAGGCUACCAAUUCUGCAUGGGUGGGGGGGGGGAAGAGUUGGUUCACUCCAAAUAUAUUUUGGGUGCUGCCGCCAUACACUGAUGGGGGUGGAGAGCUAGCUCCCAGGGGGUGCACAAAUCCCUGGGGUUGGGGGGAUGGGAGACAGGCCCCCAAAUGCAGAGAGGGGGCAGGUGAAAACUUACAUCCAUUGUCGGGGGGAGGGGUCGCAGACAGGCCCCUCCCACUUUAACCCCAGAUUGGGGGCAGGGCCCACUAUCUCCCCCACUCCUCCCUAUGGAUGCCUCUGGGCAGGGAGGGGGCCCUGCCUGCAAAUGGGGGGGGGGGCGGGUUAGUACAUACUAUCUAUUUUCUGGCAAGUUCAGUUUUAAUUAAAAAAAGUUCAUAACCUACUGGAGUUUGGUCAGUCUGGGGGCGAACCCACCUCCCAACUUGGACUGUGCCCUCCCGACCCACAGCCCCUCCUUAUUGGUGCCCUACCCCACCCCCCGCCAGUGCCCC